AUGGCAGGAAGAUAAUAAGAAGGUGUUAAAGGAAAAAAGUAUAAAGACUUAAAAGAGGAAGUUAAAGCAUUAGCAUCUUUAUAUAUUGAGUCUGACUUUGUUACAGAAGGUGCAUAAGCUUUAUUAUGCGAAUACUUUAAAGAUUUUAUUUAGAAUUUAUUGCUUAAAGUAAGAAUGAGAUAGCAAUUAAGAAAGAAUUUCUCACAAGAUGACUAUAAAAGUGAAAUAUUGCAAAUUAUAUCCAACGAUGAUAAACUACUUUAUAAGGCAAUCAAAACAUAUUAUCAUGAUUUGAGAUAUAGAAUUUAUGAAGAUGCUAAAAAGAAAGAUGAGGAUAUCAAAGGAGAAGAAGGUGAAAAAGGAGAAAAAGGUUAAGACAAAGACGACCAAAAUGAUGAUGACUAUAAUAAUGAAGAGGAUGAUUCACUUUGA